AUGUCGACUAUCACCCGUACGCUGCGCAACUUGCGCAGAGUCGGCGUCAAGGACGCCUGGCACCAGAUGCAGUAUAUCGGCGACACCAAGGCCGGUGCUCUCAUUGGAACGGACCGGUACGGCAACAAGUACUACGAGAACCUUGCGGAGGAAUUGCCUCUGAGGACGCGAUGGGUGGACUACAAGGACCACGAAUUCGACCCGUCUCAGAUUGAGCCUGGCUGGCACGCCUGGAUGUCCUACAUGGUGGACAAGCCCCCGACUGAGGAUAAGAUCAUGCAGAGGCAGCUUCGCGCGUGGGAGCCCAAGGAGCACAGGCCGACGCUUACCUGGAGCCGCUCCGGUUUCAAGACUUACAGCACGACCAAGGCCAAGUACCAGCCGUGGGUUCCGGUUGCUGCGGCGCGCAAGUAA